AUGACAGAAACUCAACAGCCGCCUCUAAACUGGGAGGCUUCGGCGACAGCUACACAUCCACAGGUCUCAUCAUCUUUGCCCUCAGAAGUGGAGGCAUGUCUUAAGAACGCCAGAUUUCUACAUCUUGCAACAUGCGAUGCCAUGUUUCCCCACAUCUCUCUUAUGAAUUACACAUACCUUUCCUCGACGCCCUUCAACCCCAACCCAGUCAUCAUCAUGACCACGAACCCUUCGUCUAAAAAGACUCUCAACCUGAUAAACAACCCCCGGGUAUCCAUACUCGUCCACGACUGGGUCUCCCAUCGACCUCCGACUCGAAAUCCAGAUCCUACUCGCGAAGGCUCUCCGCCACCUCAAGCAACACGCUCGAGUCUUGCCAGCUUGUUGCUGAAUAUCAAUACGAGCGCAUUGAGCAGUAUCAGCGCUACUAUCAACGGCGAAGCGAGGAUGGUAGGCGAAGGCAGUGACGAAGAGAGGUGGUGCAAAGAGAAGCAUCUCGACAACAACACUUUCGGGGAUCAGGCCAGGGAAGAGCAAGGGUUCUUCGGGUCGACGCCACUUGCGCAGGCUGAAGGUGAUGGGGGAGCAAGCUGUUACAUUGAAGGAGAGGAAGUCCGGGUUGUCCUCGUCGAUGUAAAGGAAGGACGGAUAGCAGAUUGGAAGGGGGGAGUGAAAGACUGGACUCUUGUUCCUGAGGAGGGGGAUGGGAGAGGCAGGCAAGAACUGGUCAAUGGCAUUCCCUGA